AGCGGCCAAUUCACCUGCCAAUUAACGCGCCGCCGCCGCCGACGCGGACGAAGGCAGCCGCCGAGAGGUCCUCUCCAGGCAACCGAGACCACCGCCAGAACCGCGCCGCCGCCGCCACCGACAACCACCGGGGCAGCACCAUGCAGUUCACCCCUCAGCAGCUGGCCGGCGGCUCGUCCUACAUGUGCAAGACGAAGGUCGGGAACUGGCUCGAGGACAUGUGCCUCCAGGAGGAGAAGCUGAGCGAGUUCGCGCGCAACCGGGACGAGGGGUCGAGCCUCAUGUACAACGUCAUGGGCAAAAGAAACCUCUACCACACGAAGGUGCCCCUCGCUCCGAGGGCUGGUUCGACCAUCAGGUUCGGUGAUGUUAUUAUGCUAGGACAUCCCUCGACGGGUGGUGUGUUAGGAGUGGAUCUGACGGAGCCGUGUCUCGACGCGAAUCGCGACCAGAAAUUGGUGACAGCAGCCAUGCCGGGAGUCGAACCGGAGCACUGCGCUCGGUAUUCCUACAUCCUGGAACCUACGGAUAGUGCGACGCAGCUCGGAGACGACCUCCACUUCGGCGAACCUGUUUUCCUGAGGUGCCACGAUUUGCUGGUGUUGGAUGAAGCCUUAGGAGCCACACGACCGCCCUUCUACUUAGCCUCACAGCUGAAGAACGACAGAAAUGGCUCUCGCGUCAGCAACCAGCAGACGGUCUUCGCCACGGACAAGCGAUCCAUGGCGGCCGCGUGGACGUUCGAGAAGAUCAGCGCGAACACGGGCGUCGUGCGACAGCUCAGCGGUGGCGAGGCCGUGCCCUGCGGUACUGGAUUAAAUGGCCCGACCGUGGUAGUGCAGCACAAGACGACGCGGACCGCGUUAGCGGCUUCCGUCAAGAACUGGGACAGCACCGACUUCGGCAGGGAGCUGGAAGUGACGUGCCACAACCACCUGGGCCAGAACAAGGUCAAUGCGCUUGUGAGCGAGAUGGCGGGCAAGACGACGGGCCAGACGAACGUGCGGCUCGAGAAGUCGCCGAAUUUUUGGUGCGUCAUCGGCGACGUCGAGGGCGCGGAGCAGCCGCCGCAGCCCGAACUGCCGGGCAUGCUGAACGCCGACCAGAUGGUCGCUUUAUUACAAGAACGCGUGGCGGCGAUCGAAGGCGCCGGCGAGCGAUUGGUCGCCUUGGCCGAGGCCGCGCCGGGGUCGAAUAUUGAUAGGGAGGACGUCGCCUACGAGUUGGCCGACAUUGGGCUCGGGUUCGAUCCAGAUGCAACCAAGACAUUACUGGACGCGUUCGACGAGGGCGACGGCAUGAUUCCCAUCAACCACUUCCUCGACGCGGCGCUGGCGCAGGUCGCGGAGUAGUAGGGCUCUUUUUUGCUGCGCGUAAGGACUGCGGUAUACUAG